UUCCUUUGCCGUUGGUUCACCCUCCAAUGGCCGCCGCUGCAGCCGGCGCACCGCGCUGAUCCUGGCAGGAGCCAGGAGCCAGGUGCUUUUCCUGGUCUCCCAUGGGGUGCAGGGCCCAAGCACCUGGGCCAUCCUCCACUGCACUCCCUGGCCAUAGCAGAGAGCUGGCCUGGAAGAGGGGCGACCGGGACAGAAUCCGGCGCCCCAACCGGGACUAGAACCCGGUGUGCCGGCGCCGCAAGGUGGAGGAUUAGCCUAUUGAGCCACGGCGCCGGCUUUUCCUUACUUCUGACCUAACCACUAAGUUGCUUGUGGCCAGGGUAUGUGUUAUUUUCUUUCAAAACAAUCAUAGGAAAAGACAUUAGACUCCUGGAUUAGUUAGGGAACUGUGGUUACAGGUAAAAGAGAUCAGGUUAUCUAAAAAAGAGAAUUUAUUGAAAGUCCCCUGGGCUGUCUGUAAGGAGUCUAGGCUGCAUCAGACCAGGGACGCUGUGGCCUUGGAAGCACUUUCUCUCUCUUUGUUGUCCUCUCUCUGCCUCCCUGUCUUGUCUUGUCUUGUCUUGUCUUGUCUUACUGUCUUUCUUAGAUUUAUUUAUUUAUUUAAAAGGCAGCCUUACAGAGAGAGGAGGAGAGGCAGAGACACAGAGAGAUCUCUCAUCUCAUUCCCUAAAUGGCCACGAUGGCCAGGGCUGGGUCAGGCUGAAUGUAGGAGCCAGGAGCUUCAUCUGGGUCUCCCACGUGGGCCCAGGGGUCUGAGAACUGGGGCCAUGUUGCUGCUUUCCUAUGUUGGCAGGGAACUGGGUCAGAAGUGGAGCAGCUUGGACUUGAACUGAUGCCCAUAUGCGGGCCUUUCAGUGGUGGCUUUGCUUGCUAUGCCACAAUGCUGGCCCCUCAGCCGUCCUCCCUUGUGUUCUGAGUCAUUCUUUUCUGUCACAAUCCAGCAUCCUCUACUCUGCUGUAGGUGGCACAACCUGGCCGCAGCGCCUCUCGCCAGCUGCCCCGCUUCGUGUCUUUUGUGCUGUGUGUAACCCAGGUAUUGAGAGAGAUUACUUAUUUUCUCUGUGUCCCAGAGUUCCCAGGGAAAGAAGUGAUUUGUAAAGCUCCAGGGCCUUCAAGCCGAUUAAUCUGAUGGUUCCUGAAGUUGUUGGAAAGCAGUCGCCCCGUGUGCCAGCUGAAGAGUGUGUGUCUGUGUACGCUUAAGACCUUCUAUUCAAACGCAUUUACUCGAGAAGACAGUCUCAUUCCUGUGCACACUUGGGAGUUUUACAACUUAGAAAAAUUAAUUUAAGAAUCAGAUGGAGCAACUUGACACCACUGGGCUCAGGAGCCCUGGGAGAAAAAUACAUCACUAAUGGCCAGUUUUCCUUAUGGUCUUCACGGGUAAAGAAAGUUUGCGAAGAGAAGAAAGAAAGAGAAAAAAAAAAACCUGGUACAGAUUAAGCCUCAAAAAUACCUCUCCGGUUUAAAGACGUAACUCAGUGAGAAGGUGACUUGGGAGAAGUGUGACUGCAAACAUUGCGUGUGGGAUCAUGCAGUGUUUUCUGCACUUUAUUUUUCUGUAGGUUUGGUAAUUCAGAUGUACCUUUGGGAUUCUGGACUGGUUGUGGCUGGAGGAGAGCAAGUUCAGGUGUGAUAGAUAGGACAAGUCUGAACAGUGAACUGAUCGCUUUGCUUUUUUUAGUUAACACUAUUUGAGGAAUUUUAAUUUAUUAUUUCCCUUUUCCUUUUUUAAUUCUGUAGGAUAAUAUCUUAAAAGAGCAAUUGAAACCUGUAAUUACAAAAUAAAUAUCCAGGCAGAUCCAAGCAAAGCUUCCUUCUCCUUAGACUGCAGUGUGGCAUUGGCAGCAGUCUCCGAGUGUGAAGGGGAAAGUGCCCAUCAGCAGAGCAUGGUGACUGGGGAGCUGUGCUGGCACUCUGACGCUGGCCUGCCUGUGUGACUUAAGGAAUUGCCUUCCCCUGUGAGUCCAGAAAGGCUUGCAUAUAAGAGGAAGAUUACUUGAUGCACUUAAUUCUGAGAUAAGUUUUUUUCAGCAAAAUGGAAAAGUACAUGAUCAUUAGGAGCAGCCAAGGGGAGUAGUCACUGGGGGAGCACACGAGGAGUCUGGGGAAGAGGCAGGAUCUGCAGCAUAGCUCUGCCUGUCAGCAGGUGCACACAGGGCUCACACGGUGGACUUGGGGCCACUGACAGCGUUCAAGCCUUCUGCUUCGGCCAGCGAAGGGGCUUUCCCAUCCUCCAUGGCACCAAGGGGUGCACUGGGCGGCAGAGUUGUCCGAGGGAGCUCUGUGUCCUUGGGGUACAGGGCCGGGAAGUUUGUGGUUUUGAACAGUGAAGAAAGAAUGUUUUUUUCUUCCUAAACUUGGACUGCUGUCUGCACAAAUUCUGGUCUGUUUUGCACGGUUUGUGUGCCUUUUUUUCCCUUUAUGCAAUCUUUUUCAGCUUUAGCAGCAGACAUUUGUCAAGUUGAGAAAACAUGCCAGAGGAUGGCUGCGGAAGGAAGGUGAUCCUGUGUGGUCUGUCUCUGCGCCCGAACUUUGGGGACGAAAAUUCCAGCUGGAGAGAUUCUUAAAGCCUUAAGUUACUUGAAAUCUAUGUAUUUGCAACCCUUUGUCUCUGGAAUCACAUUACACUAAACUGGAAUCUCAGGCUGAAUGAGAAUAACCGAGUGGAGUAAGAAGAAGAAAACGGUUCCUUGGUCACCACUUACUGAAGAUGCUCUUUCUCUAAAGGGCCAGCGUGUUCUUCCUCUAAGGACUUGAACCUGAAAAUGGACACAUGUUUUUUUAAGCAUUACCUUUUCUUAGCAGACUGCCAUCAUCUUUUAUAGAGGAAAUUUUUCACUAUGCAUUUGGUGGAUCUUUAUAAAUUCCUGACCUUCUAAUUAGAUCUCAGUCAGUCUUAAUUUAAAGGGGGAAAAAAGCAACGGAAGCCAACCACAGAAAUAAAAUAAAUAAGCCAAUGAAAGAAAUUGGUUUGAAUUUUCCAGCAUUAAACAUUAUUUUUUAAAUAAAAGAGUUCGUUGCAGAAAAGUAUGUAUGCAGCGGUGGAGCACGGGCCUGUGCUGUGCAGUGACUCCAACAUCCUGUGCCUGUCCUGGAAGGGGCGUGUCCCCAAGAGCGAGAAGGAGAAGCCGGUGUGCAGGAGGCGCUACUAUGAGGAAGGCUGGCUGGCCACAGGCAACGGGCGGGGCGUGGUCGGCGUGACUUUCACCUCCAGCCACUGCCGCAGGGACAGGAGUACGCCACAGAGGAUAAACUUCAACCUGCGGGGCCACAAUAGCGAGGUUGUGCUGGUGAGGUGGAAUGAGCCGUACCAGAAACUGGCCACGUGUGAUGCAGACGGAGGGAUCUUCGUGUGGAUUCAGUACGAAGGCAGGUGGUCCGUGGAGCUGGUCAACGACCGCGGCGCUCAGGUGAGUGACUUCACGUGGAGCCACGAUGGGACUCAAGCACUUAUAUCGUAUCGCGAUGGGUUUGUCCUGGUCGGUUCUGUCAGUGGACAAAGACACUGGUCAUCUGAGAUCAACUUGGAAAGUCAGAUCACGUGUGGCAUUUGGACUCCUGAUGACCAACAGGUGCUGUUUGGCACGGCCGACGGGCAAGUGAUUGUCAUGGACUGCCACGGCAGGAUGCUGGCCCACGUCCUCCUGCACGAGUCAGAUGGCAUACUCAGCAUGUCCUGGAACUACCCCAUCUUCCUGGUGGAAGACAGCAGCGAGAGUGACACGGACUCAGACGACUACUCGCCGCCCCAAGACGGCCCCGCAGCGCACCCCAUCCCAGUGCAGAACAUGAAGCCUCUGCUCACCGUCAGCUUCAGCUCGGGAGACAUCAGCCUGAUGAACAGCUACGACGACUUGUCUCCCACUGUCAUCCGCUCAGGGCUGAAAGAGGUGGUGGCCCAGUGGUGCACGCAGGGAGACCUGCUGGCAGUUGCUGGGAUGGAGCGGCAGACCCAGCUGGGUGAGCUCCCCAAUGGGCCCCUUCUGAAGAGUGCCAUGGUCAAGUUCUACAAUGUCCGCGGGGAACACAUCUUCACACUGGACACACUCGUGCAGCGCCCCAUCAUUUCCAUCUGCUGGGGCCACCGAGACUCCCGACUGCUGAUGGCUUCAGGCCCAGCCCUGUAUGUGGUUCGUGUGGAGCAUCGGGUGUCCAGCCUGCAGCUGCUGUGCCAGCAGGCCAUCGCCAGUGCCCUCCGAGAGGACAAGGACGCCAGCAAGCUGACCCUGCCCCCUCGCCUCUGCUCCUACCUCUCCACUGCCUUCAUCCCUACUAUCAAGCCCCCAAUUCCUGACCCCAGCAACAUGCGAGACUUUGUCAGCUACCCCUCAGCCGGCAACGAGCGGCUGCACUGCACCAUGAAGCGCACAGAGGACGACCCGGAAGUGGGCGGCCCCUGCUACACGCUCUACCUGGAGUACCUGGGCGGGCUCGUGCCCAUCCUCAAGGGGCGCCGCGUCAGCAAGCUGCGGCCGGAGUUCGUUAUCAUGGACCCGCGGACGGACACGAAGUCAGGAAAAGGAAAGCAUGGUUUCAGAGAGAGGGAGAAGGAAAGAGCCAUCACAGAUGAAAUCUACGGGAACAGCCUGGUUUCCACCAUGAUUGACAGCUGCAACUGCUCAGACUCCAGUGACAUCGAACUGAGUGACGACUGGGCUGCCAAGAAGUCACCCAAGAUCUCCAGGGCCAGCAAGUCGCCCAAGCUCCCGAGGAUCAGCAUUGAGGCCCGGAAGUCUCCCAAGCUGCCCCGGGCUGCUCAGGAGAUCUCACGGUCUCCGCGGCUGCCCAUGCGCAAGCCCUCCAUCGGCUCACCCAGCCUGACGCGGAGAGAGUUUCCUUUUGAAGACAUCACUCAGCACAACUACCUUGCUCAGGUCACGUCCAAUAUCUGGGGAACCAAAUUUAAGAUUGUGGGCUUGGCUGCUUUCCUGCCAACCAACCUCGGUGCAGUAAUCUAUAAAACCAGCCUGCUGCAUCUCCAGCCACGGCAGAUGACAAUUUAUCUCCCAGAAGUUCGGAAGAUUUCCAUGGACUAUAUUAAUUUACCUGUCUUCAACCCAAAUGUUUUCAGUGAAGAUGAAGAUGAUUUGCCAGUGACGGGAGCUUCUGGUGUCCCCGAGAGCAACCCACCUUGUACCGUGAACAUCCCCAUAGCACCGAUCCACAGCUCAGCUCAAGCUAUGUCCCCCACCCAGAGCAUAGGGCUGGUGCAGUCCCUGCUGGCCAAUCAGAAUGUACAGCUGGAUGUCCUGACCAACCAGACAACGGCUAUGGGAGCAGCAGAGCAUGCAGGUGACAGUGUCAGCCAGUAUCCAGUCUCCAACCGGUACUCCAACCCUGGACAGGUGAUUUUUGGAGGUGUGGAAAUGGGCCGUAUCCUGCAGAACCCCCCUCAGUUGUCCCUGCCGCCGCCACCGCCGGGGGCCAUGCAGUUGUCUAUGGUGGACCACGGAGGGCGAGACCAGGAGCACCUGCAGAAGCCAGCCAAGGCCCUGCGGCCGGUGCCUCCGCUGGCAGCUGAGGGGGAUGCAGUGGUCUUCAGUGCCCCCCAGGAGGUCCAGGUGGCAAAGAUGAACCCUCCACCCCCCUACCCAGGAACCAUCCCCGCUGCUCCAACCACGGCGGCACCCCCGCCCCCUCUGCCACCACCACAGCCUCCGGUGGACAUGUGCUUGAAGAAGGGCGACUUCUCCCUGUACCCCACGUCCGCACACUACCAGACCCCACUGGGCUACGAGAGGAUCACCACCUUCGACAGCAGCGGCAACGUGGAGGAGGUGUGUCGGCCUCGCACACGGGUGCUCUGCUCCCAGAACACCUACACCCUCCCUGGCCCGGGCAGCUCAGCCACCUUGAGGCUCACGGCCACUGAGAAGAAGGUCCCCCAACCAUGCACCAGUGCCACCCUGAACCGCUUGACCAUCCCUCGCUACUCUAUCCCCACGGGGGACCCACCUCCAUAUCCUGAAAUUGCCAGCCAGCUGGCCCAGGGGCGGAGCACUGCCCAGAGACUGGACAGCAGCCUCAUCCAUGCCACCCUGCGGAGGAACAACCGCGAGGCCACACUCAAGAUGGCCCAGUUGGCCGACAGCCCUCGAGCCCCCCUGCAGCCGCCACCGGCCAAGCCCAAGGGCGGCCCUGCUGGGACAGCAGCCCAGCUCCCCACACGGCCCCCGCCUGGCCUGUACACCUGCAGCCAGUGCAGUGGCGCGGGGCCCAGCUCUCAGCCAGGCGCCAUCCUGGCCCAUGCUGUGAGUGCCUCCCCGCUGGCCUCCCAGUCCUCCUACAGUCUGCUGAGCCCGCCCGGCAGUGGCCGCGACCGCACGGACUAUGUGAACUCGGCUUUCACGGAGGAUGAGGCCCUGCCCCAGCACUGUCAGCUCGAGAAGCCCUUGAGGCAUCCCCCGCUGCCCGAAGCUGCGGUCGCCGUGAAACGGCCGCCCCCCUACCAGUGGGGCCCUGUGCUGGGCGAGGACGUGUGGGUUCCUCAGGACAGGACAGCACAGGCUGCAGGGCCCAACCCCUUAAAACUGCCCCCUCCGAUGCUAGGUCAGGGCCAGCACCUGGACGUAGCCCGAGUGCCCUUCAUCGCCCCCAAGUCUCCCGCCAGCCCUACUGCCACUUUCCAGACAGGCUAUGGGAUGGGAGUGCCGUACGCAGGAAGCUACAACAGCCCCCCUCUGCCCGGCGUGCCGGCUCCCUGCUCCCCCAAAGACGCCCUGUCGCCUGCGCAGUUUGCACAGCCGGAGUCCGCUGCUGUUCCCGAGCCCGCACACCCGCCCGGCCUCUCCUACUGCACCUUGCCCCCCACGUACCCAGGAAGCAGCACGUGCUCCGGUUUACAGCUGCCAGCUCUCGCCUUGCACCCCUGGAGCUCCUACGGCACCUGUCCCCCCAUGCAGACCCCCCAGGGUGCUCUUCCCCCCAAGCCCCACCUCGUGGUGGAGAAGCCCCUCGUGUCCCCGCCACCCACCGACCUCCAGAGCCACAUGGGCACCGAGGUGAUGGUAGAGACUGCAGACAACUUCCAAGAAGUUCUCUCCCUGACAGAAAGCCCGGUCCCCCAGCGGACAGAGAAAUUCGGGAAGAAGAACCGGAAGCGCCUGGACAGCCGAGCAGAGGAAGGAAACGUUCAGGCCAUCACGGAGGGCAAAGUGAAGAAGGAGGCGAGGGCUCUGAGCGACUUCAACUCUCUCAUCUCCAGCCCCCGCCUGGGGAGAGAGAAGAAGAAAGUCAAGAGUCAGAAGGACCAGCUGAAGUCCAAGAAGCUGAACAAGACGAACGAGUUCCAGGACAGCUCGGAGAGCGAGCCCGAGCUCUUCAUCAGUGGGGACGAGCUCAUGAACCAGGGCCAGGCCGGCAAGAAGGGCUGGAAGAGCAAGCGGAGCCUGCGCACGGCCAGCGAGCUGGAGGAGUUCAAGUGCCGGAAGGCCAGCGAGAAGGAGGACGGGCGGCUGGGCAGCCAGGGCUUUGUCUACGUCAUGGCCAACAAGCAGCCUCUGUGGAACGAGGCCACCCAGGUCUACCAGCUGGACUUCGGAGGGCGGGUGACCCAGGAGUCGGCAAAGAACUUCCAGAUCGAGUUGGAGGGGCGGCAGGUGAUGCAGUUCGGCAGGAUUGACGGCAACGCCUACAUCCUGGACUUCCAGUACCCCUUCUCGGCCGUGCAGGCCUUCGCCGUGGCCCUGGCCAACGUGACUCAGCGGCUCAAGUGAGGAGACUGGCGUGGGGCAGAGAGAGGCGCGCAGGGGCCCUUGAAGAGGAGCCUGCAGCGGCCAGGUGCUCAGGGGCACCGGAAGAGCACGGCGCAACUGGAAACGCCUCUCCGCCCGCCCGAGAGGGCCUGCCCACGGUCGCCGUCCUUUCUUUGGCUUUGAUUCUCCUGUAUUAUCUUCCUUUCUUUUCGUUCAGGAGAGUGGCGUGGGGAAGCCCAGGGUGCAAGGCAUGCGGUGUUCUUGGAGGAGGCGUGCGUGGCUGGCGGCCUUCUGCCGGCGUCGUUCCCGCCGGCGGCCGGCACGGGCCCUGGGGAGAAGAUGGACUGCCUUCUAGUCUGCUGUUCUGGCACAGGGAGCGCGUUCGAGCUCCUUCUCCAUGACGUCCUCCAGCAUCACACUAGUGUGCAAGCAAAAAUCUAAAAAACACAGCCAAAAAUCCUGGAGAGAGAGAGCUUUAGGGGCGGGGGGCAUUUAAUUCACACCUACUGUGUUUCUCCUUAAAAGGUGACUUGAUCAGUGGAGGAGACUUGGCCAACGGCGGUGUAAUUGGCAAAUAAAAGUAGGCUCUUUCUGGGGUGCUCUAA